CAGAGUUUGAAAUUAAAUUUUCUUUGACCACCGAUUAUGACAUUUGUGCUGAUGUGAGCAUUUUACUGGGUACUUGCGCUUCGUUUUCAAAAUGAAAGGUUUGCCUAUCAAGCUGUACCUGUUAUUAGUAGUGUCUGCUCUUGGUGGAAGUGUUGCUGGAAUGGACGCUGCAGUUGUUAGUGGUGCACAAUUGUUCUUUGUUUCGAGAUUCAACCUGAACGCGUCUCUUCAAGGUCUUACUAUUGCCUCAACGUUGUUGGGAGCUCUUUUUGGCUCACUUUUGUCUAUUGUGUUGAAUAGAUAUUUCGGUAGAAAAGGCGCUAUGUUUUUCGGUGGACUAGACGUCAUAGCAGCUGGCUUAUUGGAGGCUCUUUGUAAUAGUUGGACAGUUCUAUUGUUAGGGAGACUUACUUUAGGGUUAUGUUUGGGACUCAUGACUAGCACUAUACCUAUGUUUCUGGCAGAAAGUUCUUCAAAAGAUACUCGAGGAACACUUACUACGGUUUAUGAACUGGCUUAUGCAAUUGGUUAUUUCACUGGUCUUGUUGUUGACGUGAUUUUUGUUCACGUAGAUAGUGGCUGGCGUUUCAUGCUUGGUUCAAUAGUAGUUCCUGCAAGUUGUAUGACUGUUGGCUUAUUUUUCACUGAGGAGUCUCCGAGAUGGCUAUUGGCACGCGGACAAGAAAAGGCGGCAUGGGAUUCACUAGUGAAAUUACGUCGUUCAGACCAAACAGCUUUGGAAGAUUAUGCUUCAAUCUGUGAAUUCAUGCGAAAAGAAAGAGAGACAACCAAGUCAUCUUCUGGAUUUCUUCGCAUUGUAUUUGAGAAGUCUAGUGUUCGGCGUUUAAUAAUGUUGGGAAUUGCGCUCCAAAUUGCACAACAGUUUUGUGGUGUCAAUGCUGUGAUGUAUUAUUUUGAUUACGUAUUGCAACUUACGGGUAUGACUGUUUCUCGUAGCAUCAAUGUUAGUGUUUCACUGGGCUUUGCAACAAUGCUUUUUGCAUUACCUACUAUUUGGCUGAUAGAUCGUGUAGGCAGAAGGACGUUAUUGUUGCUGUCUAUGCCAUUUCUGUCUCUGACUCUUUGGGUUUGUGGCUUGUCGUUUCUUGGUGGAAAUGAACUACGUGAGGCAUUGAAUAUCAGUGGAACAAUAUUGUUUCGUUUCUUCUUUGGCCUUGGCCUUGGACCUGUUGUGUGGGUUCUCGUUGCUGAAAUUUAUCCUUCGAAUAUUCGAUCACAGUGUCUGACGUUGAACUCAUUUGCUAGCUAUUUGUUCAAUUUUAUAGUGUCGUUUACUUGGCCAGCUAUGCUUAAGUCGAUGCAUGCCCAAGGAGCAUUUGGUUUUUUUGCUGGUUUUACGUUGUUAUCCACCCUCUUUGUCUAUUUAUUUGUUCCAGAGACAAAGGGCUUAGAGAUGGACUCCAUUCAGGACUUAUUCCAAUAUUCAAUGUAUAGUAUUGCCAAGAAGAAUUUAAAUCAUGCAAAAGAGUACUGGAAAAAGUUAACCGGUCACUCUUAUAGGAAUGGAGAACAAACCAUGAGCAAUACUGCUGCGUUAUAUACGGAACAUGAUAAAGCUCGGACAAGUCUUUAGAAAUACCAGAUUGAAAUUUGUGUACGGAUUGACUGGAAUGCUUCUUGUUCUAUAAGAAUGUUAUACAGAUUGUAACUUUUGCAGAAAUGAAAAUAGCUUUUUGGAAACUUGCAAUAGAGGGCCUAUAGAAUGAUAUGGUGAACGAUAAGUGUACCUUAGCUUGAGCAAAUUUCAAGUACUAUACUUUUUGCAAAAUGAAAGAAAUCAGUCUCAAGUAGAUAUAUUUGUAUAUGAAAACAUCUAAGAUGAUGAAACUGUAGUUCAACAAAACGUAACUCAAAACAGCUAUACUUUUCCGCCUCACAUUUUUGGAUGUGGGAAAAACCACAUUCAGUAGUUUCGUGGGAACGCAAUUUCCCGCUGAACUAAAAAUUUCUUGGAAUUUUUUUUUACUUAAUGAUGUUUUCAUAAAAUUGACUGUCAUUUUGAGAUAUGAAACUACUUAUAGAAAACUACGACAAACGAAAAAGAGGCUAAAUAGUUGUUCUCAAUUAAAAUUUAUUGUUAAAGU